GUUCGAUCCCUUCUGUCGCGCCCUGUGUUCCCCGGGGAGCAGCGGUAAACAUGUCGUCGUCUGCUUUCUCUUCGGCGCACAGGCUCUAUGUCAAGUCUCUGUACAAACGGUACCUGAAGAACUCGUUAGACUGGACGAUUCGAAGGGACAAGUGGCGUGCUGAGGCCCUCGAAAUCAGGGCAGAAUUCGAGAGGAACCGGGAUGUGCACGAUCCAAGAGCGCUAGCUACCAUCCUUGCGAAGGCGGAAGCCGACCUCGCUGCGAAGCAGCAUCCCGACCCUUACAUUCCCCCUCCAUUCCCUGGCGGUACCAAAUGGGAGCGUAACCUGCCUCCCCCAAUCGCUCCCAUCAUCGACCAUGAAGCUCCCCACCACUGAGGCUCUAAUAGUUUGGACAGACGCGGAGAUAUGUAGAGCGGUGGUGAAGUCACGGAGACCUCUCGUUGUUACUUGUAACAGACAACUUGAUAUCCAUUUCUGGUUCGUCAUAUCCGACGUCAGUGUCUCGAGCCUGUGAUUGAAGUUGCAUGUUCGAACUUCGGAUGGGUUGGUUUAAGCUGCGGUUGUACGGUCUCAUUCGAUACGGUAGGAUGCGUCCAGUUACCCAGUGCAAAAUACAUAAGGCGUAUGUUUGUUUAUCAGACAUUCGAUAAGUCGGUCCAGCCUCGUA